AUGCAAACAGCGGAUUCCAAGAACUCGCGUUUGCCAUCAAUGUCGAAAUUCUCUGGAUUCAGCGCAGACCAGACCGGUUUCUCCCACGGUGCCUUCACUUCCAACAAUCCGUCUGUUCAAAGCUUUGGAAACCGCGAUUCUCGACGAGCCAACAUCCCUUCUAUAAACACUGGAUCUGGCUUUCACAACGGUAACGACCUAGGUGCCCCUGGAUCCGGCUUCGACAUGAAUGUCACACCCCUUCUUCCUUCCCAGCUCUUGCUCGGAAGUCCCUUCCAACCUGGAACUCCGUCCGCUUUCGCGUCUCCUCAAUUCGCCAAUUUUGGCGGUUUCUCUCAAGCAAAUUCACACAACCAGAAUGCCCAGAAUCAAUUGAGCAGCCCAACUCAGGCGCAACAGAAUGCCUUGUCUCCUCAAUUGUACCCCGGAUUGGUUACUGCAGAUGGAUAUGCUGGUUCUCAGCUUUUAGGAGGGCCACAGUCACCAAUCGGUGGGUUCCCUGGGUUGACAAAUGCUGGUUUUGGUGCAUCUAACGCUUCGGUCCAUCUCGGGCCGCAAAUGCUAUCAGGCACCAGCCGAACUGUGUACCUUGGCAAUAUCCCGGCGGAAACGUCGGCAGAAGAGAUUCUGAACCACGUUCGCAGUGGCCAAAUCGAGUCCGUUCGUUUGCUACCAGACAAGAACUGUGCUUUCAUUUCAUUCCUCGACAGUAGCUCCGCUACGCACUUCCACUCCGAUGCCAUUCUCAAGAAAUUGGCAAUCAAGGGCAACGAUAUCAAGAUCGGCUGGGGCAAACCUUCCCAGGUCCCAACAUCGGUCGCUGUAGCAGUCCAGCAAUCUGGCGCCUCUCGAAAUGUUUACUUGGGCAGUCUCCCCGAAGAUAUCACAGAGGAGGAAUUACGCGAAGAGCUAGGGAAAUUCGGCCCCAUCGACACCGUGAAGCUUGUCAAGGAAAAGGCCAUUGGCUUUGUUCAUUUCUUGUCCAUCAGCAACGCCAUCAAAGCAGUUGCCCAGCUUCCCCAGGAGGCCAAGUGGCAAGCCCCUCGCCGAGUCUUCUAUGGAAAGGACCGCUGUGCCUACGUGUCAAAGACUCAACAACAAAAUGCCGCUCAGUACCUGGGUAUCGCUCCUGGCUAUGCUCAUGUGCUCAACAGCGCAGACCGCGAUUUGAUUUCCAAUGCGCUCGCCCAGCAAUCCGUUGCCGCAGCCGCUGUUGCAACCACUGCUGGUGGUGUCAACAACCUCGGAAAUCGUACCAUAUAUCUAGGCAACAUCCACCCAGAGACGACUAUCGAAGAGAUUUGUAAUGUGGUCCGCGGUGGCCUGUUGCACCAUAUACGUUACAUCCCUGACAAGCAUAUUUGCUUUGUUACGUUCAUUGACCCAACAUCCGCUGCAUCAUUCUAUGCCCUCAGCAACCUUCAGGGCUUGAUGAUCCAUAAUAGACGGCUUAAGAUUGGCUGGGGUAAGCACUCCGGCGCUCUCCCUCCAGCUAUCGCCCUAGCAGUCAGUGGUGGAGCUUCGCGAAACGUAUAUAUCGGUAAUUUGGAUGAGACUUGGACCGAGGAGCGCCUUCGUCAGGACUUUUCCGAGUAUGGCGAGAUUGAGCUCGUCAAUACCUUGAGAGAGAAGAGCUGUGCUUUUGUGAACUUCACAAACAUCGCCAAUGCUAUCAAAGCCAUCGAAGGGAUGCGAAGCCGCGAGGAAUAUAAGCGAUUCAAAAUCAAUUUUGGUAAGGACCGAUGCGGCAAUGCCCCUCGUCAAGUGAACAACAACAACAACAAUCAACAAAAUCGAAAUGGCUUGGAAGAUCAGUCACCAUCUCCAUUGAAUGGCUUCAAGCAGAGCAACAGCCAGAGCGGUUCUCAGCCGAGCCCAACACGACCGGCCUUGUCGCCUGCUCCAGGAUCGACGGGCUCCCAGGGUGGGCAGCAAAACCGACCCCCUUUGCAAAACUUGUCAUCUCCUUCGUCCAUUCUCAACACUGGAAACAACAACCCGCUGACGAUGUACCUGAAUCAUGUUUCCCAGCAAGGACAAGACCAGGAAAAUCGCUUGACGGACCCCAUCACGUUGGCGACUCUUCAACAACAGCAACAGCAGGCUCUUGCCAAUCAGCAGGCAGCUUUGUACAAUGGAGCAGCCUCCAAUGAGAUGCCAAAUGGUGGUAUGGAAAGCUCCCUUCACCAACGAAAACCCUCCAAUGGCUUCUUGAAUGUCUCCAACGGCCACGCUGGAGCCACACACAGCUCUGCCAACAGCCUCAGCGUUCCUCGAAUUCAGCAUUCUCGAGCUGUUAGCCUUCCUUCAUUCUCUCAAGAGCCCUUUGGACCGAGUGUCAGCCAGCCUUCUCACGGUCGCUCGGGAUUGUCUCAUCAGCCUCAAGGAAGCUUCUCCAGCUUUGGCUCUGCGCUGGGCGGAUUGAAUCACAGUGGCUUUGGUCUAGCCAUUCAAAAUGAGUCUUCUCUUCCUGGCUGGGCUGAAGAGGAGAUUGGAGCGAAAUAA